UUCAGCCUACCCUCCUUUGUUUACCAUUAUGUGUGAAGCCUGAAUUGGGUUGCUACAACAACUAUAGCCCCUUUAUUGUGUUUCCCAUACGUGCUAAACAGAAGCUAAGAGCACAUAGUGUUGUCGACACAAAACCAUAAAGCUGAGUCUGCACCGUGCUGUGCCAAAUUGAGCCUGAAGAGGGCGAUGUCUGACAACAGCAGCAGCACAGGCAGCAGUGGCUCCUCAACCAACAGCUGGACCCUCCUCUCCCCCGAGGAGGCUGCUGUUGAGAAUGUCGGGCCAGUAGAUGACGGCACUGAGAGCCUGGGUGACGUCCCGAGUCUCUCUGAGGAUGUGACAGGAGCUGCUGCAAGCGAAAUUCCAAUAGAAACUGUCCUGUCUGAAGAAGGCCAUCAGGUGUGUCAAGAGACCUCUCCAGAGUCCAGUGAGGGUCCCGUCCCACCUAGUCCAACCGGGAUGAGUCCCCUCCCACCCAACCUCCUCGAUCUUCCAGACCUGGACCUGGAGAGUCAGCCCCCAGUCAUCCAUGACAUCGUAACCAGCUCCCCGAGUGACAAUGAGCACCUCGGAGCCACACCCUUUGUCACCAACAUUGAUUCGAGGGACCCGCUUGAUAUUCCUGCUGCUGAACUCCUGACAGCUGAGCCCGAGGAGUCCUGCUCCACUCCUCCUUUGACUGAGAUCCAGGCCGCCACAGAACAAGUACUUGACGCGUCUACCGAUUUUGAGCCGAGUCCUGUCUUCACUGCUGAACCUGAGGUCAACAUCCCCACAGAGACCAUCACAGCCUUCGAUCCUCCCUCUCAUGUCGAUGCUGAUGUCAGCUUCGUACCAGAGAGUACAGAGCCACCAAGCCAGGUCCCAGAGAGCCUAGUGACAGAGAGCCACAUUAUCGAUAGUCCUGCACCAGAGACUGUUGGUUCAGCGGAGGCAGAGGAAGAGGAAGAGGCAGGGGCAGAGGAAGACGAGGAGGCGGCUGUGGAAAAGGAGGAGAUGAAGCUGUCUGAGACAGUGACCCAAUAUGAGAGAGAAGAAGAAGAAGAAGAAGUGAAAGAACCAUCCUGCAGUUUUGAUUCGGGCGACACGGGCAGCUUUGACGAUGGACUGAGGAGGAGGAAUGCCCCUUCCUUCGAGUCUCCAAGGCCCAGAACAUCCGAUGAGGAAGACGACGAAGAGGAAGUGGAGUUCAAGCUGGCAGAGAAGAAGGAGGAAAAACCAUGGCUCUCUUUGAACAAAUGCAUUGUGGGUUCUCUGAUCCUGCUCUUCUUAGGUUCCCUCUUCCUCUCAGGUUUCCUCUCUGACCUGGAUAAUGGAGACUUUGACGCCUCUGAACUCAGUGAUGGAGAACAAAACCAGGACUGGCUCAGCAGUGAUCCACAGGAUAUGAAAGAUCUAUUGGAUAAACUGACACAGGAAAACCAGCAAAUCGCUCAGCUAGAGGCUCAACUGCAGUCUCAGAAGGAAGAACUCGACUCUGCGCUGAAGGGCGUAGCAGCGAGCGGUGAUGAAAAGGGUAAAGCAGAUCUGGAAAAAGAAAAUGUCAAGCUGAAGAAGGAGCUGUUAUCUCUGCCUGAGCUGAAGAAAGAGCUGGAGAGUCUGAGGUCCAGGGUGACCGAACUCAGCCAGCUUUCAGCCGAUCAAGAAAUGCCCCCGGCUACCCCAAGCUCUGCCCCUCAGCCGGGCGACAAAGCCGGUCAGAGUAACGAGAAAGCUGCUGCACCUGAAAGGACGAAGGACAAAAAUGAUGGAGGAAGGCUGAAGGAAGAACUCCAGAGGCAGAAAGUUCUUCUGGAGGAGAGCAAGAAGAGACUGCAAGGGAUGAAGAAAGAUGGAGGCGACAGGAGACGCGUGAGGGAUAGUUUGGAGGAGAUCCAGAAGAAGCUCUCUGAACAAGUUGAGAGGUGGGGUAAGAAGAAGCCACAGGAGCCCAAAUGGAAAGGGAACAAGGGCAAAAACAAUGAGCGGGACCACUGGAAGAAAGAGGAGAAGAGAGAGUGGAGAGGGGAGAAGGAAUGGAAGAACGGCAAAGAGGGAGGACGGAGAGACAAAGAGGAGAAGAAAGAGAAGGAGUGGAAGUCUCAGAAGUCAAACUCUCACAAAGAGGCGUGGAGGAAACACCAGGACGAGUGGGAGAGGAAGAAGGACGAGCGCAGAACGGACAGAGAGGAGAGGAGGAAGGAGAAACCGUGGCACAGCCGGCCCGGUAAGAACUCCCACGACCACCAUCAGCACCAGCAUCAGCACCAGCAGCCCCGUCAGCCUCAUCAGUACAAACACAACGACUUCUGGAGGGACCAAGAGCAGAAGCUCAGACGCAACGUCCGACCCCAGCUGGGCUGCACCUCCGUGGAUGACUGCGCCGGCAAAGAGGGGCUCUACCCGGUGGAGCUGCCCGAGUUUGAGGAGCUGCUGGAGGGCUACCUGAGCAAGCUCGAGGGAUCCUCGUCCGAGAGCAAAGACAAGAUCAGGAAGCUGACGGCAGAGUUCUUCGAGGACGGGGGUUUCAUCCACGACAGGGUCCUUUUCAGCGACUUCGCCGAGGACGUGGCGGACAUUCUGGAGGACAUGGUGGACGUUUUGGAGGAAGGCGCGCACAAGGGCGACGACUCCCUGGAGAAGGAGAUGGAGGAGUUUGAACGAGAAGCCCUGUGGAAGUUUGCAGCCGCAGUUUAAAGGGACAUCGAGGGGGAAAAGGAGUGAAAUAAGAAAGAAACACUAAGAUACAGCACAAGUGGUGUUUUUAUAUGACAUUUCUUGCCUAUAUUCUCCUCUUCAGAGCUGUAAUUGUAGUAGCUUCUGGCACAGAGUGGUCGUGCCUCUCAUAAACGUGUCCCUCUGAGUCUGUAAUUAUAAGCUAGACUUGUACUGUGUCAUUUUGGACUUCGCUGUCGUUACCUACCUCUGUCAGGUCAUGCCUCCUAAUGCGAAGUCCUUCAGUAAUGUGUUGUGUGGAUUUUUCCUCUGCUGUAUAGUGUUUUCUCAAUAAGUAGUGCAUGUUGCAGUUCGCCAUGUAAACUGAGACUGAUAAAAUGAACUCACACAGAAGGAAACGGGGCUUAAAGGAGAUGGUAUUUGUAGAAAUAAUUCAGCAAUGGUUAUAUCUAUUUGACUGUGUGAAAUCAACCUACCGCUACUCUGAGCAGGUUAAAACAAAUGCUGAGAAUUUUUUUUCUGCAGAUACCAUGUCCCUGAAGUCCAAUCCCAGAGGAUAAGAUCCCGGUUCUUUCAGAGAUAAGAAUCAGAUCAGGUCGGACCAGUUUUGCUCCAGCAGCUCUUUAGUCGUUUUGGGCAAACACAGACAGACUGCUGUUGGAGAGCCCUGAGCAUUUUGCAUCUAGAUGUGACAGUCUCUACAACCCCCCCGACUCCCAACUGUCAGUUGACAGCAGAUGUGCGAAAACAACCAGGAACCGGUUUGUGCAACGUCGGAGCUGCUAAAAAAGAAAAAGCAAUAGGACAAAGUGAUAGCCGUAGUUGCUAAAUCUAGGACUGCUAAACCACUUUAGCACUUUUCAAAGACAUUCACAUUUACAGCAAAGUUCUUUUUUCUCUGUUGUGUUUUUCUUUUUUUUUUAAGACCAUUAGUUAUCUUCAAUAUUUGUUCUAAUGUAGACAUGGGGACCUCCAACACAUGAUCUGCAUAUACUAAGUAUCCCAGAGCAAAAGAAAAAGAAAAACUCCUUUUUCCUUUUACUUUGUCAGCAAGUUGAUGUUAACUGACACUUUACAAUUGUAAGUUGAAUGAGCCAGGCAAAAGGUAGAAAAAGACACAAAGCAAAGUCCAUUAAGUUUGGCAAAAACCCUUCCCCAGUGUUGGCUAGUUCUUUGACUUAUUCUUUCUUUGGCUUUAGUAUUUUAUUCUAGUCCCAAUCGAUCAUGAAGUGUUUCCUCUUUAGGUGUAUGUGAAGUUAAAGUCGACAGAUUGUGAUUGUUGGUUCUCUUUUUUGAGCUUUUGGAGCGUUUCAUGUUUAUUUAUUUUGUCAGUACACUGCAACUCUUUUCCCUCUUUCUAACGAGACUUUGACCCAGGCCAUACACGUUGAAUGUGGAAAUGGUGACGUUUUUCAGUUUGUUUUUAGAAAUUUAGUUGGCCAGCUACUGCUUAUGUGCCUUUAUUAUUAUUAUUAUUAUUAUUAUGAAUAUCUUAGAGGUCUAGGAUUUCAUUUGCUUCUGCAAGAUAAAGAAGAAAGCAAGUUUACGCAGCUUACAAUUGUACUGCUGUUUAUAGGACAGAGAUUGAAUGUCACAGGGUUUACACAUAAAGUGUUGAACAAUUUUAUUUUGAACUUUUUGUAGACCAAAGCUAUUGGAAGAAGGCUCAAUUUCAACAUAUGAAUCAUUAAACGAAUCACAUUUAUGAACGUUUAAUCAUUAUUUGAGGAGUAUUUCUGUCUUCAUGGGACAACAGUAGGACUUGCUUAAUGCUAGCUGGCUCAGAUGUGCAUGAAAUUGAUCCUUGGUCAAAUGUAUAGAAAAACUUGGAUAAUUUUUUUAUUUCAUUCAUCAAGUUAUGUCCUCUUUAAGGAAGUCAGUGUUCAGUUCAAUACAUUUUUCAACAUUAAAUGUGUGAAGUUCGUCUUUAUUGAAACACUUCAGUUGAUUCAUUUGUUACAUGGAGACAAUGAAAACAAUAUCACAGAAUAAAAAUGUACAAUGA